UUUCCGAAGCCCAAAAGAAAACUCGACAAAUGCAAGCGGUGGAUUAUGCUGUGUCGUCAACCACAUACACAACUGAAUGUGAAGACAAUUAUCAAGGACACUUAUGUUUGCUCAAAGCACUUCAGAGAUGGGAAGCCAACUCUGGAAUAUCAGAUCCCAUCCGGGCUCUCGUGUGUGCUGCUCCGAAAAGACACAGACCCUCACCCAAAAAAAGGUGCAGGGUGUGAGUGAGGUGGCGAGUGAUGCAGGGAUUGUGGAGAGCAUCACACUGAAGAACUUCAUGUGCCACUCUCACCUCGGCCCAUUCACUUUUGGUUCAAAUGUGAACUUUGUUGUUGGCAACAAUGGAAGUGGAAAGAGUGCCGUUCUGACAGCUCUCAUAGUUACCCUAGGCGGUAAUGCACAUGCCACCAACAGACGAUUGUCCCUCAAAGGAUUUGUAAAGGAAGGAGAAAGUUCGGCUGAUGUUUCGAUCACCCUGCGAAACAAAGGAAGGGACGCCUUCAAAUUUGAGGUGUACGGCCCAGCUAUCACUGUAGACCUGAGAAUAACACGCGAGGGGUUGAGAACCUAUAAACUGAGGAGCAAAUCUGGUCAAAUUGUCUCAACCAAAAAGGAAGAGUUGCUCUCUAUCCUGGACAAUUUUAACAUACAGGUCAACAACCCUGUCUCUGUUCUCACUCAAGACAUGAGCAAAUACUUCCUACAUUCCAAAGGGGAAGGGGACAAGUACAAGUUUUUCAUGAAAUCUACCCAAUUGGACCAGAUGAGAGAGGACUUUGUGCACAUCAAAACCACCAAGCGUAUCACAGAAGAAAAAGUUGAGCAACAUGGUCAAUACUUGCAAGACUUGAAGCAGAAGUACCUGGAGAAAGAGGAGCGUUUCAAGAACCUGUCAUCAUUGGAUGAAAUGGAGACCAAACUAGAGGAGUUACAGAAUCAAAUGGCUUGGGUUUUGGUGCAAGAUAUGGAGAACGAGUUGAAGCCAUUGAAGGAGAAGCUGCAAUUAGACAGACAUUCUACGGAGAAAUACGAUGCGAAGGUGGAAGAAUGGAAGAAUAAGGCCGAAGAGAGGGGGAAAUACAGACAGAUCGAGGAAAGGUUGGAAGGAAUCACACAACAAGUCCAGGAGCUCCAGCCCGAAUCUGCUCAGCUCAAGUCUGAGGCCCGGGAAAAAAAUGCUGUGCUCAACUCCAGGGAGACGUCUGUGGCCAAAGCCACCGAAAUCUGUCCGGAGCGAGUGGAGGUACGAAGGACAGCCAGGAGUCUGGACAACGAGAUCAGCCGUCUCAACGUGAAGAUCAGCCCCCAGCAGAGGCAGCAGGGGAACCGUGACGAGGUAGUGAGGCAGUAUCGUGAGGCUCUGCAUAAAUACAAGAACAUGGCAAUGCAAAUUAAAAACCUAAACGGCUUCAUCCAAUGUCUCGAUGGUGUCAUGAAGCAGAGACUCCAGGUGCACUCUGAGCUCAAGAGGUUCCUCUCGGCCCGCUGUAAAUAUUACUUUGACUGCACACUGGCCCAGAGAGGCUACACUGGAAGUAUGACCUUUAAUCACAAGAGUGAAACCCUCUCUAUCUCAGUGCAGCCAGGCCAGGGAAGCAGUGUGGAGUUGAGUGACAUGCGCUCUCUGUCCGGAGGCGAGCGCUCCUUCUCCACCGUGUGCUUUGUGGUCUCCCUUUGGGCCAUCACAGAGGCGCCUUAUAUGUUUAUAUAUUUGUAUAUCAAAGCAGUAGGACCACCCAAAUGUGAUUUAUUCACUUGGUUACUGUUUAUAUAUUCUUAAUAAAUUAGCUUUGAUUAAGUAAAUCUGUUCAGGAGUAAAGGUCAUGUGAUUUCAAUAUGCUGCCUAGUUUCUCUGGGAAAGAGCACCAGACACUUUCUCUCCAAGUCACAUUGUCAUGUUUGUUUGUUUUGUUUCAGCUCUCUUCCACAGAGCAAAAAUAUCCGUAUCCUCCGUCUCAAAGACCCAGAUCGUGGCAUAAAUGAACAAAGUAGUCAAGACGGCGACGAGUAGUAGUUCUAAUACUAAGCAAUGUUAAAUGUUUUGUUGAACAUUGAACCUGGUAUAUAAUGUUAAGUUCUGUUAUAUAGAGGGGGAAGGAUGGGAAUUUUGUUUAUACCUUGCCAAAAUAUUUGUUGUUAUAACUGGCACAUUUCUAAGUUAAUGUUGUUUUAUGUAAAUUAAAGCAAACAAGUUGGGAAAAAUA